AUGCACCCCUUUUCCGUCCUCACACUUGGGAUCUUCGUCGCGGGCUACACAACAGCCAGGUGGGACCUCGUUACUCGUCUUUACGAAUUGGCAAUCUUCGCGUGGGUUCACGGUGUCGUUCGCUGUCGUUCGCCGGCAGAAUCCCCUCCUCUAUCGAACUAUCUGCUCUUUCAUCCACUAAAGCUGCUGACUUUGAAUUUCUCAAAAGACGCGGACUCUCUGGGGUUUCCUAUUUCUGUCGAUCUUUUUCUUCCUUCUUGUGGUUCCUAUAUACCACCUCGCCUUGAGAGAGAGCGAAUUGGUGAGCAAAGCCCAGUCACGAGCGGAGCCGCGAAGCAAAUCGACUACUGUUAUUUGGAUACGAAGAAGUACAAAUGCGCUAAUAAGACCGGUGUUACAGCAUCCUCGCCACGUGAAUCUCGGCGUCUCCGCGCGAGAACAGCUGCGCCGCCGAGGAUCGUUCUAGAGUUAAGUGGAGGAUGA